CGUGUCGACACUUACACCGGCCACCGAGCAGCGCACUUUGUCGGGGUUUGUGUCUCCAUACAAGACUGCUGGAAAAGACGCUCGUACUCUGCGCACUGUCUCUCAUUAACAACGUCGAGCACACGCGAUAACGCAGCAAGUCCGUCCCCGGCAAGCGAACCUGCAAGAAGUACCAAACAAACAAACAAAAAGAGCCCUUGAGUCAUUUUUCCAGACGCGCCACUGUCUUUCACCGCCCUGCACAAUGUCUGGAGAAGACGCACCUGCCGAGCAGCAGCAAAACGCCGUGGACCAGAAGCAGGAGACCAAACCCGCCGAGGAGCCCAAAGCUGAGCCGCCCAAGACCGAGCCGGCACCCGCCGCCGCCGCCGCUGCCGCCGACGCCGAUGCCGCCGCCGCCGCCGCCACCCCGGCGGCGACCACCGAGAAGGUCCCCGAAGAGGACACGUUCACCUACCGCGCUCUGGUGCUCACCGGCUACGGGGGCUAUGAUAAAGUCAAGCUGCAAGUGAAGAAGGGCAAGCCUGCGCUCAAGGCCGGCGAGGUCCUGGUGCGGGUCAAGGCGUGCGGGCUCAACUUCGCCGACCUGAUGGCUCGGCAGGGGCUGUACGACCGGCUGCCGUCCCCGCCGGUCACCCCGGGGAUGGAGUGCUCCGGGGUGGUGGAGGCUGUAGGGGAAGAAGUGACGGAUAGAAAAGUCGGCGAUAAGGUGAUGGUGCUGAGCCGCUUCGGCUUGUGGCAGGAGGUGGCGGCGGUCCCGGCAACCCACACCUUCCUCAUCCCAGAGGGCAUGAGCUUUGAGGAGGCAGCAGCCCUCCCCGUCAACUACAUCACUGCCUACAUGAUGCUGUUCGACUUUGGCAACCUGCGACCCAACCAAAGCGUCCUGGUUCAUGCUGCUGCAGGUGGUGUAGGUAUCGCAGCCACUCAGCUGUGCAGCACAGUGAAGGACGUCACUGUGUUCGGUACGGCAUCCGCCAGCAAGCACGAGACCAUCAGCCAGGGUGGGGUCACGCAUCCCAUCGACUAUCGCACCAAGGACUACGUGGAGGAAGUACGCAAGAUCAGCCCGAAAGGAAUGGACAUAAUUCUGGAUCCUCUCGGAGGAUCAGACACCCAUAAGGCCUACAACCUGCUGAAGCCGAUGGGCAAACUCAUCACCUAUGGUGCAUCCAACAUGCUAGCAGGCCAGAAGAAGAACCUGCUUGCUGUUGCCAAGAACUGGUACCAUCAGUUCUCCAUCCACACGCUCAGCCUGAUCCAGGGGAACAAGUCAGUGUGCGGCUUCCACCUGGGCUACCUGGACGGGGAGACGGAGCUCCUCACCCAGGCCAUGAACACCAUCCUGGAUCUCUACAAGCAGGGCAAGGUCAAGCCCCGCAUCGACUCCACUUGGCACCUUGAGCAGGUGGGCGAUGCCAUGAGAAAAAUGCAAGAGAGGAACAACAUCGGCAAAGUGAUCCUCAACACAGAGCCCAUGCCCGAGGAGGAGAAGAAGGAGGAACCCAAGAAGGAGGACAAGAAGAAGGACGACAAGAAGAAGGAGGAGAAGAAGAAGGACGAUGGCAAGAAGGAGGAGAAGAAGGACGACAAGAAGAAAGAGGAGCCCAAGAAGGAGGAAAAGAAGGAGGAGGAGAAGAAGGAAGAGCCAAACAAGGAGGAGAAGUGAGAGGGAGGGAUGGAUGGUCAAGCAGACCGGCAGGGAGUUUGUGUCCUGGGAGCAGGGGGUGGGGCGGGGUUAGGAUGGAGAUGGAUGGCGUGGGAGGUUGGGGGUUGGCAGUGCAAGUAGGACUGGGAGGAGUUAGAAGGAGAUUACAAAAUGAUCACACCUCUGUCGAUCGAUCAUUUCUUCCCCCCACCCUCCACCUCCCCCUUGUGAAUCCUCAGUUGCAGUAAUUACUUAGGCCUGGCUCCAGCUGCCCCCACCCGGUUCUCUUUCCUUUAUCUAAAAAAAAUACCUGUAAUCCCUUGUAAAGGCCAAACGUAUCUCUCUGCCUCACAAGAUUUAGAAUCAUUUUUACUAUUGGAAAUGACAGCAACGCGAGAGCCAUGGGGGUUUACGUGCGUAUGGUCCAGGCUUGGGGCAAAUUACUGUUUCCUUGACAACCGUGAUCCCUGCUCGCACUCCGGCCCCACCCUUGUACCCAAUGCCCUUCCACACAUCAACUCCCACUGUGCUAAAUUGUUCUGCUCUGACUUCCACCUGCCACCUUCUCCCCCCCCCCCCCCCCCCCCCCCCCCCUCCCUCACUGUGCUGAGUCCCGCCCCCCUCACACCUAACCGAUUCACUUGUUGGACCCACAGACAGGCCAACAGACAGGCAGAUAAACGGAGGACCACACCCACGCACACGUUGCUCUGUUAGUGUCCAAUCCUUAUUUAUAACACUGACGACGGCUCAGAGAGGCGCGUGAUUGGCCGAUGCCCUGCAGCUUUCCAGCAGAUAUUUGCAUCGUGGUUUUUGUCAUGAUGCGUGAUUACUUACUACAUGGACCAAAACGUAUGUGUUCCCAUCCAAUUUAUUAUAGUGAGUGCAGUUUUGCCCUCGCCUGAAUAUGAAUUUCCCUCAUAAUGAGCCCUUCUGUCCAGUGCUGAAUGGGGAGGCAGAAAUCAUUGCUCAGCUUCCUUCUCCUUAGUUACAGAUUUUUCUAGCUGGCCAACUGUUGGCAAGAAGUGCACAGUGCCAAUUAAGAGAGAACUUGUUUCUGCUCAAACAAGCCACUAAUACACACCCUUACACACUGAAUGUGAUGAAAGAGGCACUGUCAUGCUGAGACAGUGAAGCGUCUGAAAUGAGCAAGUUGAGAAGGUGAAUAUCCGCCCUUCUCCUCGAGGAUCGGGCUUUCUUCCUCCCCGAUCCUCCUUGAGGCAUUCUGUGGCAUUCUGCUCCUUUUCACAGCGACCGUUUGCCUGUCGAUCACCCUGACCUGAGAGAGGAGAAUUUAAUUCAAGCUGGCGUCCAUACUUUGCCUCCCCUGCUCGUCUCUGUGCUCAACUGCUCUCUCUCUCUCUCCCUCCCUCCUCUUUCCAUUUCCCUCUCUCUGUGGUCGGCAUAGCAACAGGCGUCAGGCUCGUCAAGAGAAGGCACUGUGGUCUGUUCCUCUGUCUCCCUCUCCCUGUGCUUCUCUGUUCAGCCUGUGGACUCGAGCAGUAUUCCAACAAAUGUGAAUUGUAUCACUGGUUUUGAAAGGAAGAGAUGGAAAGUUUUCAACGUUGUUAGUUUUGCACACACACACACACACACACACACACACACACACACACACACACACACACACACACACACACAGAGUCUGUUCUAACCAGUGAAAGCGAAAUCAUGUACCGGCCAUCAUGUGCGCUGGCGAAUAACCCCCCUGCCCCCCUACGGUUUGUCUCACUGGUGUAAUGUAAUUAAAGUAAAUCUUUAGCAUUUGCGAUCGAUCCUACUGGGUGGACUCCAAAUGUUUCAUGUAGGAGGAUAUACAUUUUAAACCUUAGAGAUGUAUCCGCCUACCUGCCUGCCUGCCUGUCUGUGAGCCCGGCCUCAGUGUGGAGACUCAGAUGGUGACUAGUGACUUUAUAAAAAAAAAAAAAAAACACAGAAAAAAUGUUUAAAAAAAAAAAAAAAGAAGAAGAAAGAAACAAGUUGUUGUGUUAGCAUGAGUGGCCCCCCUCAUGUGCGGCGUGUGUUGUGCCAUUGUGUGUGAAGAUGUGUGUGUGUGUGUGUGUGUGUGUGUGUCCUCAGGUUUUAAAAGCACCCUCCAAGCCCCUGCCACAUUAACCCCUCACACUACUCCGCUACAAUAUUAUGUAGCUCCACCUGCAACCCCCCACUUCUUACUUUAUCUCUCUUCCCUCCUGCCUGCUAGGAGGCCUGUGUUAUGAGGACAGUCGGUAUUAGUAUUUUGCACCCUGCGCGCUGAUCUUAAAUCACUUACAGGCACGGCAGUCGCACUCCAGUCCCACGCAGGCUUUGACGCGGCUCCAGUUGUGCAGCCCGUUGGCCUCCAUCCACUCCCUGUGUAUCUGCUCCAGCUCACCCGAAGGAACAGGUGGCACACACAUACAAACACACCACACACACCAACAUGAAAAUGGUUCCCACAUUUCAGCUUGCCAGUCCGUCCCGCCCGUGGGCGCUUUUCCUCGGCGGCAGCUAAAGUCACAGCACUCGUCCGUCCCCGUCCUCGGAGAGCGAGAUGGUUCCGCCCGGCGGAGUGAACUGGGCCGGAGUGCGUCUGCCGCGCUUGCGUUGGGGAGUGACGGUGUCCUGCCAGCCUCUGGUUAGUGUUCUGUUCUAAUCUGCUGGGCUCCCUUUUGUGAAGCUGUGGACGGUGCCAUGUGAGAAACAAACGCUUCGGUUAAAAAAAAAAAAAAAGAGAAAUAUCUUUUACUUACUAUGUUAUUUUAAUUUACCUUUAUAUUUGUUUGUUUGUCUGAUUUGUUAUGUAAGGGUUUAAAGUUCAAAGCUCAUUAUCCUAUGUGGGGACCUGCCAAGCUGCACUCCUUUUAAAUGUGAUGAAGUCGUUCUGUUGGUCCGAACCACGUGUGCCAAAUUGUAUGUAUAUUCUUCUGUCAAUGCUUUGAAUAUGUACUGCAUAAAAAAUAUGAAUACAACUCUGUUUUGGGAUGCAUUUCCGUCAACCUCGAAGAAAAGUGAAAAAUACAAAAAAGAUUUGUCACAGUGUGUUAAAUUUGUAUCCCGAAUGCUCAUGGGUGCUGAAAGAUUUUUUGCCGCAGUUUACAAAAGAUUUAACACAAUUUGUAGUUUUGGAUUGGUUGCAGUCGUACUAUAGCAUCAGCCUGCACUGUGCCUCUCUCCUUGCACACAGUUUACCUCAAUCCGAGGCACCUUCCCCCGUAUUUAUAUCCUUUUCACUGUGUUUUACCAGCUCUCACGUCAUGUCGACCACAACAGGUUGAAGUGUUUACAACCAUAAUAUUAGUAUCACAGUGAAAAGGGACUGGAUAUGGUGCAUUUAAGGUUCAAAACUCCACCAAAAGAAAAUAGAUUCCCUGAUAUCUGCAAUUUUUUUUCCAACUGCAAAGCUCCAUGGUAUUCCUCUCUGGAUUUCUGCUCCAUUUCCGUUUGUUUCCAAGCGGCUUGUGUAGCAAGUGAGGAAGCAGAUGUUUUCACGCAGCUGUACAGGGAUGCCAAUACUGAAACACAGCUGCACAAAAACCCAGCUUAUUGGCUGAUGAUAGCUCAGCUCUUUCCUGCCGCAGACACAACAUUCCCUCUUUGCAUCUGAUCCCAGUUCACUCAAGGACCAUUGGAGACGUUCCUCUUUUCCUGUGGACGGUGCAACAUUCACAGUCCAAAAUUCUCUCCAAAAGUCGCCCCCUUCUUUCUCCUUACAUAAUCAUAGCAAAUAAACAUUAGUUUAACAUCUGGAAUUUGAAACUGCAUGCAUUCAAUGGCAUGUGAAAAAACUAUUAUAAUCGCUGUCCCUUUGGCUCCUUUGAGCUACGAUGCCUUUGGAAUGGUCUCGAUCAGUUGGGCGGGUGGCGGCCGCCUGGGCACUUCCGCCACUGGGAAUCUGCAUUGUGAUGUUUCCCAGUUAUUCCAGAAACACUUAUGCAAAAGUACCUAGCAACUCAGAGAUGCACGGGAGAAAAACAGUGUUUCAAAGAAAAAACAAAGUGAUUCAUUUUCUGAACAUUUGCAGUUUUAGAUUUGAUAUAAUGAAUUAACACUCGUAGUUUUAGGCUUGAAAAAAACACACCAAGGCAAUGAGUGUAGUAUUUCCAAUAGCGCUACUCUUCCGUCCGUCUCGGCUUGUACAGCUGAAGUUCCUUACAGGCACCCACCGUUUAGCUUUGAGGUGAAUUUCUUUUGUUUUUUUGUAUGGUUUCUCAGGUCAUUCCAAAAAACGGGUUUCUUCACCCGAGAAACUACUCCACUACAUAUACAACAUCAUUCCGUUUCACCGCAGUUCACUGCGCAAACUGUAACGCCCUCCACGGUCUAUGUAAGCUUAGUACUCCCAGUCAAAGGGUGAGGCUCUGACGGUGGGUUAAUUCCAUGUUCAGAGCCGCAGCGUUCACUCCUCCCCACGCUGAGAACCCAAACAACCACGCCGGUCUGCAGCUAUUGUCACCGUAGCAGUCAUUCCUCCAUCGCAGCAACAUUGCAGCGAAGCUGCGGAAGUACAGCCUGGCUGGGCUCGUCACGUCCACUGUACUGGGACGGACGUUUGGUCGAGCAGAAAACGAGGCACGUGUUUAUGUACAGUUCACACCGUCCCUUUCCGGGGGCCGUUCAGUAGUCGUGUAGUGGCGUCGUGUGAGGGUGGAGAACGCCCUUCGAGUCGUAUCAAGUUGCCAACUGAAGCCGAUCCACUGCCCCCCCGCAUCCCUCCUGUGCCACCUGACUCCAUGUCCUCACCCUCAGAAUGGGGACUCGCAUGGUCAGCUGGUUCAUUCAUGAUGAUACAACUUAACUGGGAAGGCUUCAGAAACUCACUUCACAUCUGUCCCACAUAGCACACCUGUUAGCAUUCAGUCACCACCGGCAAUUUUCUACAAGGCGUGGUUGAUUUCUAAGCGAGUUCUCCUCUCUCUGUCCUUCCUUGUGUUGGUGGGUUUUUUUCCUGGUUGCAAAUGCUCUUCUCAUCUCCACUUUGUUUUUUGAACCCUUUGAAUUGAUGCUGCUUCUGUGCUUGACUCUGGGUUUACUGCGUGGUGCCAUGUUGGCCACAUGGCCUCUAGAGCUUGUAAUGCUUCAGUGUGUAAUGUUACCAUAUGCCUUACAUGUUUUCCAGGACUAAUAAAAAAAGCAUAACAAAAAUGUCA